AUGUUGCCCUCAAAGCUGCUCGCCUGCCUCUUGCUGAUCAGCAGCCUGAACGGCGUCUUCGUGCGGGCCAAUAACGCGACGACCCAGCCGCCGCCGCCCCGCUGCCCGCCCGGCAUGCACGUCUGCACCGGAUGGCAGGACGAGGAGCUGUGCAUGCCGCUCAAAUACAAAUCCAACCCCGUGACCACCCCGCGCCCCACGGACCAAUCGCCUCUGCCGGACUGGAUGUACUGCAAAUCCCUGAUCAGCGACGAGGACAAGUGCAUAUGGGGCUUGGUCGUGUUCGAGGUGUUCGGCAAGCUCACCUGCACUUGGCCCAUGAAAUUUAAGCACAGCAUGCUGCCCUACAACUGGACUAUGGCCGUCUGCGCGAGGGCCGAUCAGCACGGCUGUCGGGGAAAGUACGGCGCCGAGUGCAUCGAAUACAGCAAAAUUCUCGAGAUCAAGCGCGCGGAGAAAGCGGGCGAGCUCGACGAGUGCAUCAUGGAGCGGCCUACAGAGCCGCCUGCUCGGGCUGAGGGUGACGAGAAGAAGCCCACACAGUCGUCGCACGGCGUCCCGCCCACCAUGCCGGCCCUCGUGCUCCUCGUGCUCGUCCUCAAGGCGUUCGGC